AUGCGGUCCAAUUAGAAAAUCACAUGCUCAACUCUAUACCGCUCAUCUCUCAGCCGUCUGACGGUCCUACGCUAGUGCUCUCCGUUUCCAUCUCCUCUUCCCUGGAGCAAUCUGCACCGUGCCGUUCGUCCUGAGGUCUGUCUGAACUGGAUGAGUGCAUCAAGAGAGAUGGAGAGAGCUUCAAAGAGGAAGAUAAUGAAUGCUUCACUUCUUUCUUUUCUUCCAGAGGAAAUUCUUCUCGAAAUUCUUACCAAGCUUCCUGUUAAAUCUUUACUACAGCUCAAAUGUGUUUGCAAAUCAGCUUAUUCACUGUUUACUGAUCCUUCUUUCAUUGAGCUGCACCACAAUAUGUGUUCAACUCUUCCGGGUAAGACGAGCAUUCUAAUGCAUUUUCCAACUCGCACCAACAUGACUCGUCAUGUGUAUUACACUAUAAAUAUGAGUGAAGGAAGCCAAGGAAAGCUUCGAUCUUGCUAUGUUCCGUACUUGGAAAGGAAGCUGUUUCGAAAACAUCAUUUACGGUCCUCUGCUAAUGGUUUGGUUUGUCUAUACAAAAAACCCCAUGAUGUCAUUGUUUGCAACCUUUCUACUAGACAACAUAUAUCACUUCCGGAAGCACAUGAAGUGCAUGGAUCAAAAUCUCCAAAAUCAGGUUGUGCAUUAUUAGGUUUUGAUCCAGUUUUAAAAACAUUUAAAGUUUUAAAGUCAGUGCAAUAUCUGGAUUCCCGUGAUGUGCAGAAGCAUUGGAUUUUUACUUUGGGUGUGGAUAAGUCAUGGAGGGAGAUUAAUAUUGAUUCAUAUUUCCCACAUUGCUCUUUCGACUCCUUCUAUUCCCACUCUAGUAGUGUUUAUGUUGAGGGCGUUAUCUACUCACUAAAUUGGCAUAGAGGAAAUAUUGAUGAUUUUUCUAGGUGCGAUGAUAUUGCAGCAUUUGAUGUUAGGACUGAAAAUUUGAGCAUGAUAUCUUUCCCCAGUGGAUUGCCAAGACAGGAUUUUUACUCGUCAGACGUCUUCUCAAGAUCAGGAUUGGUUGGACUGGAGGGUCGACUAGCUAUCAUUCAGGUUUGUCCAAACAACGACAACAAGAUGAAAAUAUGGACUUUGAAAAAUUCUAUGCAAUGGGAGAACAAGUGGACGAUGCCCAUCCCAUUGGAAGGGAGAAAGCUACUAGGCCGAGCUGAUUUGCUACGUUUUGCUUCAACCCAUGCUGGGGAAAUUGUGUUGGUGACUUUAGGGAGGAAAACAAUUUCUGUUUUGAUUUAUGGAUUAAGAAUGCAGGUUUGGAGAGUGUUUAAAGUACGUGGACAUUUCCCAACUGAUAAUGAGGCAUGGAAAAAUGUCAUGCACAUCGUUCCAGAGAGUAUAUUUUCCCUCAUAUAACCCCAUCCUUGUCUUUCCAUUAAUAAUAUUUUUAUUUUUAUGUCCAUGAUUCAAAUUUGAGAGUUUAGGCUAGUGUUAUAAAUAUUGUUCUUUUUGUGUGUUUUUGUUAUUCAUGCGAAUCAUGCUAGCCUGCUAGGAUACUUUGUCCGACAAACAUUUUACGGAAUAUUAUUUAACUCACAACAUGUCCAUGAUUCAAAUUUGAGAGUUUAGGCCAGUCACCAGUGUUAUACAAACAUUUUCUCCUACUUUUGUCAUUGAACUCACAACAUUAUGUAAAAUGACCUAAUUACUUAAGUAAUUAAAUCAUCUUCUAUGCUAAAUUUUGUUCUACAGCUUGACUUAAAGGCUCAAAGUUUUUAAGAAAUAAAUUUUAUAUGGAACAAAUCUGAAUCCUCGAUAUAAUUCAUUAAGGCUUUGUUUUUCUCCCCAGCAUUUAGGCGAAAAUGUCAUUUUUCAAUUCAGAUGAGUAUUUAUUUGAAAUGCUAAUAGACAAACAUCCCCCAAGUAUUUAGAACAAGCCAGGUGUAAUUAAGAAAUUGAAACAAUUAAACAAAUAAUGCACUGCAAAGUGAAUUAUCAAUAUUUGUUGCCACAUGGCAUAAUUGAGAAAGUCUAGUAAGAUUUUUUCUUGAGUUAACUAGUUAAGGGGUGUUUGGAACUGAUUAUGCUUUUGCUUCUGCUUCUUUUUUAAAGCAGAAACAAAAUCAGUUUUCAGAAGCUGGUCUUCUCCAACUUCUAAAAAAACUGAUUCUAGGAGUAAAUUAG